AUGCACUCCUCAACCCUAUCCAUCUUCCUUACCCUCCUCCUAUCCUCCCAUGCCCUCUGCGCUACCAACGAGCCAUGUUACGGCCCCAGUGGUCGAGCAGGUGUAUGCAUCACUGAAGCAGCCUGCACCUCCGCUGGCGGCACCGCCAUCUCUGGCGCAUGCCCUGCCGAUGCUGCCAACGUCAAAUGCUGCUCCAAGCCAACCUGCUCUUCCGGAAACUGCCGCUGGAGUUCUGAUUGCGCUGGCACCUCUGCUAGCAACCAGUGUCCUGGGCCCGCACAGAUGAAAUGCUGCUCUUCUGCUGCCACAGGCUUCGGAGGGUAUUCUGCACCCACAAUCCCAGCUGUCGGUGCUUGCAAGCAGGUUUCUGUUAACGCUGCCAAGGCGGUGGUGAAUCAGUUUCCUGGUAGGGUCAGGGAGAUUGGAUGCAAGAGAGAUUGCUCCUGCCCUGGAUCUUCCGAUCAUUGCUGUGGUCUUGCAACUGACUUCAUGUGCUCUGAUGCCGGCGGUUCUGCUACGCUCUCUGGAAAAGAAAUCGCUGAGUGGUGCAUGAGGAAUCGCAACACUCUCAACCUCAAGUAUGUCAUUUGGGGGCAGAAGAUCUGGACUACCUCUGUCGAUAAAACUGAGAAGAACUGGGAGAACUGGCGAACCAUGGAAGAUCGCGGCGACCUGACUCAGAACCACUGGGAUCACGUCCACGUCUCUUACAAUGGUUAG